AUGUUGCAUUGGGGAACACACCGUUUCAACACAUAAAUCUCUUCUUUGCACUUCGAAUUUCUUUUACAACACAAUAGGGGACUGCAUUGAUCUACUGCUUUCAUUAUCAUCAAGCAGGUUGAGCUAAGCCAUUAGUCCUCAUAAAAUGGGAAAGAUAACAAGGUUAUCUUUCCUCUUUGAAAUCUUGGCUUUGUCAAUUAUUUUUGGAGUUUUUGCGGAAAGUCCGUACAGAUAUUAUGAUUGGGAAAUAACCCAUGGAACGAUAUCUCCUCUUGGAGUCUCUCAAAGGGGUAUUCUUAUAAAUGGGCAAUUUCCAGGUCCAAAAAUUGAGUGCAACACCAACGACAAUGUUUAUGUCACUCUUCACAACAAAUUGGAUGAGCCUUUCCUCAUGACAUGGAACGGGGUUUGGCAAAGAAAGAUGUCGUGGCAAGAUGGUGUACUUGGAACAAACUGUGCUAUUCCUCCAAAUUCCAACUGGACCUUCAAGAUGCAAGCCAAAGAUCAGAUUGGUUCCUACAUGUACUUCCCUUCCACAGGGAUGCAACGACUUGCCGGAGCUUUUGGUGCCUUCAAUAUAAUCAGAAGAUCGGUAAUUGCCCUGCCGUACCCUGAGCCAGCAGGUGAACAUACCCUCCUCGUUGGAGAUUGGUAUAACACUGACUACAAGGAACUUCAAAAAAGGCUAGAUGAUGGAUACAAUAUGCCAAUGCCAGAUGGUUUGCUAAUCAAUGGUGAUCCAAAAAACACAGUAAUCAGUGGUGAAGCAGGGAAAUCGUACUUGAUACGUGUUGCGAAUGUAGGAACAAUGACUUCCAUCAAUAUAAGAAUAAAAGAUCAUGGUUUGAAAUUGGUUGAGGUUGAAGGUUCUCAUGUUCUCCAAGAAGAAUAUGAGUCACUUGAUGUUCAUCCAGGUCAAUCUUUGGCUUUCUUGGUCAAAUUGAAUGGCACAGUCAGCGACUACUACAUAGUGGCCUCAACACGUUUUGCAAGGACAGCAAUUGAAGCCACUGCUACCUUCCGUUACAAUGGCUCAACCAGCGGUCCAUCUCUUCCAUUACCUAUCGGUCCGGUUUAUCAAGUUCACUGGUCCAUGAAGCAAGCUAGAACUUUCAGAUGGAAUUUGACAGCCAACGCUGCAAGGCCAAACCCUCAAGGAUCAUACCGUUAUGGAGGAAUCCAAAUAACAAAGACUAUAAUCCUGGAACAAUCAGUAGGAGAGAUUGAUGGCAAAAUACGUUAUGGUGUAAACAAUGUGUCCUACGUGAAUCCAGAAACACCAUUAAAACUAGCUGAUUAUUACAACAUUCCUGGUGUUUUUGACCUAAACACCAGUAGAGAUCAGCCUACACCGGGUCCAAUGGUGUACGGAACCAAUGUUUAUGGUUUAGCACUUCAUGAUUUUGUUGAAGUUAUCUUCCAAAACAAUGAAACACUCACCCAAUCUUGGCAUCUUGAUGGUCACAACUUCUUCGUUGUCGCAUUUGGUGCCGGUGAUUGGAGUCCUGAGAUGAGGAGAAAAUACAAUAUGGUGGAUGCUGUUUGGAGGAGCACCGUCCAGGUGUAUAGAAAUUCGUGGACAGCAAUAUUAGUAUCUUUAGACAACAAAGGAAUGUGGAAUUUGAGAUCAGCAAUAUGGCACAGGCAGUACUUGGGUCAGCAACUCUAUUUCAGAGCUUGGAACAAUGAGAGAAGCCUUUUUACGGAGAAUGAUAUCCCUCCAGAGGCUCUUAAGUGUGGAAAGGCCGUUAAUUUUUAGAUUUAGUUUUACUUUUUUCAUUUUUUAUUUAUUUUUUAAAUUGUGGGGGUUAUUAUUUUCCCAUAUGGAAAUUUAAGUUACGUGGGUGUGACUGUCCAAAAAUGGAGAAAAUAAACGUUUUUUUAGGCUGCAAAAAGAAAUUAAAUUUGUAAUUGAUCAGCUUUCUCAUUGAUCAAAAUUUGUGGUAAUAAUCAAUCUUCAAUUUAGC